AUGCGUUGCUCACUCGGGAGGUGUGGCCCGGGCAGCCACGAACCAGGAACAGCGCCAGCACUGGCCAUAGAUUCGACAUCCAAGGCGCUCAAUGCCGCGGCAUCAGUACCAACACCGACGUGGGAUUCUGAUAUAUCAAAGCUCUUUAGCGCUCCCUACUGGCUUCCGGAGUCAUCUCGCUAUAUUGUUGGGUCCGGUUGGAUCAAUGCCAUGAAGAAUUAUGGUCCUUGGGACCUUUCUUCCUACACCACCGUAAAGGAUGAGACCCCGAAGAUCUACCAGCACCUACGCUCCAGAUCAAUGCCCUUAACCGAUGAUCCUAGUCACUACUUUCCAGUCGAGGCUCUCGAGAUGAUCCGCAGCUGGGCGAACCAGGGUUAUAGGAAGAAUGAUCAAGAUGAGAUUAUACUUCAGAAAGUGAUAGGGAAACCGGAGGAAAGCAAAGUAAAGUAUAGAGUUCGGAAGGAUAUUAGGAGUCUGACGCAGGAGGAGCUGCAAACAUAUCGAGAGAAGCUUGACACGGUGCUGAACGCCGGGGAUGCCAAGGGCAAGUGGCAGGAACUGGGGAUUUUGCAUGCGAACUGGUGUCUACACUACCAGGAAGCCACGUUCCUCUGGCACAGAGCCUUCCUCUGCUACGUCGAAGAACUUAUCGACUAUCCCAUUCCAUACUGGAACGCUCUGUGUUCUGAAGCUACUGACCCAGCCUCCCCUUUCUCCGGCCUUCCUGCGGAGUUCCUCGAGGAUACAUAUACGCACAGUAGUCUCGGCCUGCGCAAAAAUCCUCUUAAGUACGCAUUGCUAUCUGGAGUCGUCUCAACCCCUCGAUACGUUAUGCGAGAUCCUGUCCUUGUUUCCCGCACACCUGGGCUGGAGUGGGAUAGGAAGAUUUGUCUUUUCGGUUUGUAUCAAUCCCAGAUCGAGCUCGCACUACGGCAGGACGUUUUCAGUCAGCCGAUGGACGCCCUCCGCCCGUUUGGGAAACCUUGGGCGAAUCUAUCGAUACUCACGGAGAACCUUGACGAUAAGUUCUUUCCAAACCGCACGGACUUUGACGGAUUACUAGAGCAGCCCCAUGAUAAUAUUCACGGAUGGACAGGACCGGACAUGGCAGAUGGCUCCCACACGGCGUUCGACCCUAUUUUCCUCAGCUUCCACUCGAAUAUCGACCGCAUCGUCGAGUUCUAUAUCCGAUCUCGACCCGGGCUCACCUUCACCGCCACAUACCCAUUGCGGCCGUUCAUCGAUAACGCGAGGAACCUGGGCUACGAUGAGUCGAGACAAUGGAUGUAUACAACGAUUGGUGACAUGGUGAAGGACUCAAAGAGCCUUGGGUACGUUUUUGCACCACCGGCUUCGCCUGACCAGGUUUCUCUCACCAAUCCCCCGAAGCAAACUGAUAUAGUUGUGCCGUCGGUGGUGUUCCGGGGCGUUGGCUGCAAUGUGGUGAGCUACCAUAUCGACGUAUUUACGCCAGAUGCAACGUCACUGGUGCCAGAUCCGGUGCGGAAUCCGGACUAUAUAGGUAGAGAUACAAGAAUUGGGAUGGGGAGGGGAAGUAAAGAGACGGGACUUCAGAAUACAGAUCGAUGUGUGAAGAAGCCAGUGACGAGGACUUUGAAUGCGGAGAGAUGGGAGGUUGUUUUGAGAAAGGAAGGCGAGAAAGGAUUGAGGCAGGUGGUUGUGGAGAUGGAGACAGGAAGGGAGGUCCCGGAGAAGGAGUGGAGUGAGCUGAGUGGGUUCCGCGCGGAGAUUAAAUGGGGAAGGAGGCUGUGA